AUGCCGUCAAUUCGCAAUACUGCCUCCGAUGUACCAGACAUGAACCUCUACAAGCUCAACCGGGUUCACCGCACGCUUGAAAAAUUAGAGGAGAAGAAGGAAUGGGAGGCAGACGACACAAAGUCGUUUGACUGCAUGCACUACCUGGGCGAUAGUGCGAUCGAAACAGCUGCCAAGUCUUUGGGCCUGCAAGCCGGGGAGCGGGUGCUCGAUAUCGGAUCCGGAUUCGGCGGCACGGGCAGAUACUUCUACCGACACUUCGAUGCUACGACAGCUGGUAUUGAGCUGCAAAAGGAGAUUCACGAUAUUGCUCAGACGAUUAACGAAAAAUCGGGUGCUGGAACAAAUGCGACCUCCAUUAACGGCAACUUCCUCGAACUUGACCCAGCUAAAAUGGAGCGAGAAGUCCUGUUCAAGAAAGCACACAGUGUCCUCAAGCCAAGAGGCAAGAUGUACAUUGAAGACUUCUUUGCCCGGACAUCUCUGGACGCCAAGACUCUCGAAGUCUUGAGAAGCUCGGUUUCCUGUCUGGACUUGCCCGAUAAAGAGCAUUAUAUUGCAGAGCUCGAGAAGGCUGGGUUUGAGGUCACUGACUGGGUUGAUAUGUCAACAGUCUGGACCGACUUUGUGCAUGAGCGUGCUGAAGCCUACAAGAAAGAUCCAUCGAUAGAUGCUGACCUCACCGCAUUCUAUGAUGCCGUUGAUGAAGUCUUCUCUGGAGGCCAAGUUGGAGGCACCCGAAUUACAUGUCAGAGAAAGUAA